UAGUAUAAUUUAUGUUGAUUGGUAGGGGUGCAAGAUACAAGCUACUGUUCGGAAGACUAUGAUUUACAAGUUCAAACAACUUCUCUCCGAGGGUCAAGUAUAUGUAAUGAAGCUCUUCUCUGUUGUGCCAAACCAAGGAUCUUAUAGGGCCACUAGGCAUCAGUUUAAGUUGAUUUUCCAGUUCAGGACCACUGUUAGGGAUGCUAUCUGCGAUUUUAUUCCAAAAUCUGCUCUUACAAUCUCUCCAUUCACUGAACUUUUGGAAACCAAAGAGGAUUCCGAUUUCUUAGUUGAUGUGGUGGGUCUGUUGGUCUCUGUGUCGGAAGAGAAAGAAUAUGAUAAAGAUGGAAAGAAGAUGAAGAUGGCUGUGAUGGAACUUGCUGAAAAUGAUCACAGGAUUCGGUGUGCCUUAUUUGGUGAAUAUGUUGACGAACUUAAUCGAUUUCUGUCUUCUGGGUAUGCUGAACAACCAGUUGUGAUUUUACAGCUUGCCAAAGUUAAGGUUUUUAGAGGUUUGUAUCAUGUAAAUUUUCAUUUCAGGUGUGUCAGUUAUCCAAGUUCACUUGGUUUUACCACUAUAUUCCUGUAACCAAUGUAUAUAUAU